CCAAUUUUUCAUUGUAACCCAACAACUUCACGCCACUGAAACAACCCCCCCCCCCGGGGUGAUCUUCUUCCUCGCUGUUUCUUAGCCAUCUCAUCUCUCCAUCUGCAUUACUUUUCGCCUCCAUUCUCUUAUGAUCGCCGGCUUUUGAAACCGACAUGAAUACGGUCGCUUCCAGGAAGGAUAUGGACCGGAUUAAGGGUCCCUGGAGCCCCGAAGAGGACGACGCCUUGCAGAAGCUUGUCGACAAGCAUGGCCCCAGGAAUUGGUCCUUGAUCAGCAGGUCCAUUCCCGGUCGAUCCGGCAAGUCUUGCAGGCUUCGCUGGUGCAAUCAGCUCUCUCCCCAGGUCGAGCACCGUGCAUUCACGCCAGAAGAGGAUGAUACCAUCAUCAGGGCUCAUGCCCGCUUUGGCAAUAAAUGGGCCACCAUCGCUCGCCUCCUCUCCGGCCGAACUGAUAACGCAAUCAAGAACCACUGGAACUCUACCUUGAAGCGCAAGUGCGCCUCCAUGAUGAUCGAUGAUGCCGGCGCUGUGGGUGGAUUCGAUGGCAGUUUUAGCCCUCAGCCGCUCAAGAGGUCUGUCAGUGCCGGUGCCGCUGUACCGGUAUCCACUGGGUUGUGCAUGAACCCGCCCACACCGGGUAGCCCGUCCGGGUCGGAUGUGAGCGAGUCCAGUGUUCCCGUUGCGUCUUCUUCUCAAGUCUAUCGACCUGUCCCCAGAACCGGCGGAGUUCUGCCUCCCGUAGAAACGACGUCAUCUUCCAAUGACCCGCCUACGUCAUUAUCGCUGUCGCUUCCGGGCGUGGACUCUUCCGAAGUCUCCAAUCGGCCUGCAGACACAACACAUGCUGCACUACCGGCCAACAGUACGCGCUUAUUAUCCGCAACGGCACUGACGGCUGCUUCGACUCUCACGCCCACCCCACCUCCGGCUCCGGCAUCCGUUCCGAUGUCGGUGCCGCAGCAGGUUCAUUCGGGUAGGGAUGAUCGAGGAUGCGAGAGGGGUCCGUCGGCGGCGAAUCAGAAUGGGUUCUUAGCUUUCAAUUUCAGCGCAGAGUUGCUAGCUGUGAUGCAAGACAUGAUAAGGAAGGAGGUAAGGAGUUAUAUGGCGGGGUUGGAGCAGCAGAAUGGGGUGUGUUUUCAGACAGCUGAUGGAUUUCGAAACGCUUCGGUGAAGCGUAUUGGAAUUAGCAGGAUCGAUUUAUGAACAAAAGAGGAAUCGAACAGAGCAGGGUUGUGAAAAAUGCGGAUUGGGGACUGAGAAUGAAGCUUCGGCCUUUUGUUUAGGAUGGUUUUAGGCAAUAAUUUUGGGGUAGUGUAAAAUGUAAAUAGAAAUAGAGAGACAACGCGUGGUUUAGCAAGAGGGCUGGGUAAGCCGGUAAGGGGUUAGGAACAGAAGUUAGAAAGGAACUUCAUUUCCAGGAGCUGAGGAAUGAAUGAAUAUUCUAUGGGUAACAAGUCUGAAAUUUCACCGACGUUUACCGUCUGUGACUCCUGUUCUCCAUGUCUGGUGGGGGCCCCAAAAAGAAAACAAGAAGAAGAAGAAGAAGAAGAAAGAGAAGACACGAGGGAACUGAGGAGAGAUGUAGGAUGAAUCAAAUCCGUAAAUCUGAAUAUAAGUUAAAUCUAUUUUCCUUAUCUGCACUUCUAAAUUUUAAUUCAUGGCACCGAAGGGUGAACCUGUUUUCCUGGCUUCAA